UUGAUUUGAAGGACUUGAACUUUUUCAGCGCUCCUCCUCUCUCACAGUAAAUUGUGUGAUUUUGUAAAUUGAUUUUCGCAUUAAAGUUAUCGUAUUUCAGCAGUUUCGGACUUGUCUUUUGAUGUUCUCAUAAAAAAUGUUUCGUUGUAUGUAAAGCACUUUUGUCUGUGAACUUUUGGCUAGUGUAAUCACUUCCUAACUCAGAAUAAUGGUUGUGUACACAGAAGCGAAUCAAAGACUUGCGGAUAGAAGACCCUGUGCGGGCUCACGAGCUGAUUUGAAACUAUGUCUCUUAAAUAGUCCCUGUUGCAAAGAUCAUAAAAGGACUCCAAAAGAGUGCUUGAAAGCAAAAGAUGGCACUGUUCCAGAAGAAUGCUAUGCCCUGUACAAUACAUUUUUUGAAUGCAAACGAUCCAUCCUUGACAUGCGAACAAGGUUUCGAGGGAGGAAAGGGUACUGAGAUGGUCAUCGGAGCACUAUAUUUUCUCUGAAAGUUGCCUUCAAGAACCCUUAGUGUUAAAAUGUCUGAAGGGAUUAAGUUGAACUCAUAGUUUCACAUUUAAUUUGUUAUCAUCAGAAGCAAAAUGUUUGAUGUCACCUCCGAGAAGUUUGAGGUUCCCAUCCAAAAAUAUCUUACACUUAAGUGAGAACAGGUCCAUAAGAUGUUUUUAAUGAAAAUUUAUUGACUGUUCUGGUAAACAUGGUAAGCUAUUAGUCAAUUUAAGUUUGCUAACUUUCUCGAAGGUCUUUGACACAAGUCAAACCUGUGAAUAUCCUUGUCCUUCUAAAAACAAUUACUUAUGUUAAGUUUUUCCCAAAUAUUCCUGUUAAUUGUAAAUAAUCGAAGAAUCUUAGAAUAAAAUAUUGGAAGGUAAA